GAUGCACCUCAGCUUCUCGACUCGUGUAAGUAUAGAAAGGAGAUGCAUUCUCCACCCACAUGACCCUGUCCGACAGGCUGCAUGUUCCUUGUCAUCGCUUCUCGUUCCCGUUUCAUUCCUUGUUACCUCUUUCACGAUCUCAUGACUUACAUGUCGCAAACCCCAAACGCAUCAUAGACCAGCUCAACAGCUGCUGUCAGGACUCACAUCCCUCGGACGCAUCUGCCGGCAACAUGGGCGUUGAACAGGCCACGCGGUCCUCCGGGAAGAGAGCCAUGAUGAAGCAGAUCAACACCCUGGAGCCGUCGGAUCCAGCAUCCUCGCCUCACUGGCCACUACCCGCCCUACCACUGGAGAAUGGCUCACAACAGAAGUCGACGCCUCGAUCGAAGCAUUGGAGCCGCAGAGUCUCGUCCUUCCUGCCGGACAAGCGUUUCAGCAAAGACACUCGCACGUUGCCAUUGACACCGGUCCCUGCCAGACGGACGCCAGGCUAUAUCCCCGAGGAGAUGGCUGCUUGCCGCAUGCCCAAUUACAUUUAUGACGAGACCCAAGAGACCAACGAAGAGGAGAUGAAGGCGUUGCAGGACUUGACCUCAGUCAACCGACAAGCUGCCGUUCGCAUUGCCAAUCUGAAGGCCCAACUCACGGACAUCACACUUCGGAUCAGGGAUGUCAAAACGAAGAAGUCCACCAUCAGCCCUGCGCACAACGCCUCGAACCUUUCGUUGCCGAUCGUGGAAGAGGAAGUCAGGGACACAACCAUGCGAGACGAGCUCGAGGGAUCCAUCCACCGACUGCUGAAAACGCAGCCGUCGUCGCGUUCGAUCAAAGACACAAGACAGCAAGAUUUGUCAUCCCUGUUUGAGCAAGUCGAUCGUGAGUUCGAUGCCACCUUCAAACCAUACGAGGGGUCCUUCGAGGGCGAGGCACGAGAGCCGGCUCCAUUGAGCGAGGGCUGGACAUGGCCUGACUCCGACACCGACUUGUCCCUGACCCUCGACACAUCAUUCACCGGCACCCACCGCACCUCCAAUUCCGGCUCGUCUGCAGCUUACACUCAAGUCUUCAGCAAUGCCUCCUCCGCCACGAUGAGCACGACGAACACCUUCGGCGGCGACCUGUAUGAUACGCUGGACGCAUUCCCCAACCCACCUUCCUUUGAAUCGAAACGCGAGUACCACUGCCGCAACGACUCCGAAAAGAGCAACAUUACCGUCGCGAGCGUGGCGUCGGUCGAGUCAGAGAUUCCCGUCGUGCUGAUGGCGAAGCACGGGUACAGCAAGCCGAAAUCGUUCGCGAAAGUCGAGCCCGUCAACAUCACACGAACAAACACAAUCUGCAGUAAACGAAUGCCGAGUCCCAUGCCACCGUGGCAAUCACCCGCCUUCCCUCCUCCGCCUGUACCAACAGACAUACCCGCACACCCUAUCUCUCCCGCCCAAGAGUGCCACGCCAUCACCAGCGAUCGCCCGAUUACGAUCUUCUCGACCCCUCGCACCGGGUUCGAAACUACUAUACCCCCUCGAAACGUCGCCAAGGACAGUGUCAUCAGCGAGACGGCCAUUCGCCCUCCAUACUACAGACCCGACCCCGUACGCUCUCAUCCCCCCAUCCGUCCGGAGUAUGAGCGAUCAGGGCGGUCCGAUGUGUCCGUGGACUGCAACGCCCGCUUCCGAUCAACAUACCGCGUCCCCGAACUGCGACCGCUGCCGGAGAAAGACGCCGAGCGGCGCCUGCAAUGUUCGCCCGCCGAAGCUCGCCGACACGUCGAGGGCGUCAGCUCCGCUACCAAGCUCGCGCGCUACUACUCCUCGCAAGACGCCAUCGCCACCUACACCGCACCGGGCGCGCGCUCCAACCGGUCCAGCGUGGAGAAGGCCUCGAAGGCGUGGAGUCUCAGCCGGCUCGUCAAAGCGCGCAAGCAAGAGGCUGCCAACGCAGCAGCAGCGGCAGCGCGAACGAGCAGCGGCAACGCAAGCACGCGCUCCAAAUCCGUCUGGAAAUGGCCCUUCCGCCCCAAGACCAUGGCCGUCUUCCGCCGCACCAAGUCCCCCGCUCCCGCGGCGAAGGAUGCCGCAGGCGCCGCAGCCGCUGUCUCGCGACCUCGCCCUCGUCCCCGAACUCAGACCCGCGAAGCCCGUGAGGCCGCGCAAUCAGGCAUGCUCGCCCGCGGCAGCUUCGGCUUCCACUUCCAGCAAAUCCUCAUGUCAGAGCUGGCGGACGCAACGCAGCCGCGUCCCGACACCACCGGCAGGACAUCGUCGCACAGAGCGACGCAAGCGCCGUCGACGACACAGCGAGCCGCGUGCCGCCUUUCGACCGUCGGGAGCAAAAUCCUGAGCAGCAAUGGCAGCUGCAGCUCGAUUUUCACCGCCAUGUUGGAGCCCGGGGCUAGCGAUGCCGGCAGGACUACGAAGAGCUUCUACUCCGAUUACCCUGGCUCACAGUACAUUCGUCGACCGUCGAAUUCGACCGGCCGCUCGGCGUAUCCUGGGCAGGACUCCGCCUCCUUUACUGCCUCUUCUUCUGGCUCUUCUUACCGGCGACAACGGCCCACAAUAGUGGAGGUGCAGGAAUGAUGCUCUCCUGCGCAAUGGGAAUGGUGGCGUGUGGUGUAUUAUUCCCCAUGAUUUGAAUGUGUUUAAUGAUAAUGAACGGAUGGAUCCGAGGGUAUACCCUGCAUUGUGAUAUUGCGAUU